AUGGUAUAUAAAUUCAAGGAUUUCCAGAGCCAAAAAGCUGUACACCUCUGCCGCUCCCGUAAGCAAGAUGGGUUCUCUUCACCUGCAAAUUCACCUUUCUCAGAGUCUGAGAAGGUGGAAUCGAAAGUGAUUUGUCCGGAUAAACGUUCUAGCAGUUCAAAAUACGGAAUCCUAAGUACAGUUUUCGAUCUAAUGACUGGUGGAAUUUACGGUGGAGGAAUGAUGAAUUGCGGUUUUGGUGGUUGGGGAAUGGGAUAUAUGGGAAUGUACGGUGGUCUCGGAUGUGGACUUGGAGUUGGGGGAUUUUUGGGAAGAUGA